AUGUUCCCUGUGGCGAGGGCUGCUCUAAACCUCACCGCUCGUGGCAUUCAGCAUACUGCAGUAAGACAAGCUCAUCGCAAAUAUGAGCCUAACUUCCAUGAUAAAUAUGGAAACCUGGUACUCCUUGGUGGAGCCGCAGUUUUUACUGCUGUCUGGGGAUAUGUGUUUACACAAGCUGGAAUUGAGUGGGGCUUGUCACCUGUUGGCAGAGUCACUCCAAAAGAAUGGAGGGAAUAA